UCGGUUCAUUCAACAUCCACCAACUAUUCGGGCCCGUUAUUCGUCCCGUGUACAUCCAAACCUCAGAGCAUACACACGUACGCAACUACACACAGAAGAGCGCGCGUGCACGUACAAUACUCGCACACGCACAUAUUCUUCCUCAGCGACGACGACGACCACGACGAUUCGACAAUCACAAUUGGACUAAAUACGACGUCAGGGUACAGCACUUAGUCAUCUGCGAUCGUCGAGCAGUAGUAAUAGUUGUAAUACGUGCUGCUGAAAGAGCAAGAGUUGGCGGCAAAGAUGAAAACUGAAUUUGGGAUCUUUAUUGUUACCGCCGCGGCGCUGUGCAUUUUCACGACAUCUCAGGCAGCGCACAUCCAGGACACGCAGCAAGGCAUCCAGACAGACGAGAAAAUAUAUUGCACCGAUGAGAGGGAUCCCAAUUUCAAGUUGGCGGCGGGGGAGCAAGGACCCGGACCACGUGGCACCUGCAUGCUCGUCAAGUGCGAGGGUGUCGUCGAUGGAAAACCAGUCUUGACGGCGAUCGGAUGCGGCGUUUUCGUGGCCACGGCCGGAUGCAAGGCGACCAGCUACGACAAGACCAAGCUGUAUCCGGACUGCUGUCCCAGUGAAGUCUGCUAGAUAAUGAAUGUAUGUAAUAAGUAUUACAAAGUUGUGCAUUACAACAACAGAGAGAGAGACACACACACACACGAACCGGACGAUUCGCAUUCCAUAAUAAAUGCACGUAAAAGAAGACGAUGAAGAAAAGA